AUGCCUCUAGCAGACAUGACUCUCAAAGAUACGCUCGCAAAAGUCAUCCCUGUCAAACGCGAUCUCCUCAAGCAAGUCAAGAGCCAUGCGUCCAAGAGCAUUGGUGCUGUCAAGGUCGAGAACAGCUUGGGAGGAAUGAGAGGUCUCACUGCCAUGAUCUGGGAAGGAUCCGUCCUUGACGCGAACGAAGGAAUCCGCUUCCAUGGCCGUACCAUCAAAGAUUGUCAGGAGCAGCUCCCCAAGGGCAAGACCGGAUCAGAAAUGUUGCCCGAAGCUAUGUUCUGGCUGCUACUCACAGGUGAAGUGCCAACCACAAAUCAAGUGCGCCAGUUCUCCCGCGAGCUGGCCGAGAAAGCCGCAUUGCCAGACUAUGUCGAGACUAUGCUGGACAACUUCCCUCCGGACAUGCACCCCAUGACCCAGUUUGCCUGCGCCGUGUCCGCCCUUAACAAGACUAGUGUCUUUGCCAAGGCAUAUGAGAAGGGACUGAACAAGGCUGAUUACUGGGAGCCGACCUUUGAGGACUCAAUCUCUCUGAUCGCAAAACUGCCUACCAUUGCAGCCAAGAUCUACCAGAACUCUUACCACGGUGGCGGUGCUCUACCCGCCCAAGCGGACCCCGAGCAAGAUUGGUGUUACAACUAUGCUGCAAUGCUGGGUAAAGGCGGUAAGGAGAACGAGGGCUUCCAGGAUUUGCUCAGACUCUACUGUGCAUUGCACGGUGACCACGAAGGAGGCAACGUCUCGGCCCACUCGACUCACCUGGUUGGUUCUGCUCUCUCGGAUGCUUUCUUGUCAUACUCGGCUGGUUUGCAAGGCCUUGCAGGUCCCUUGCACGGUCUUGCAGCGCAAGAGGUGCUUCGCUGGAUCUUGCAAAUGCGAGACCACAUCGGCAACGACUUUAGCGAAAAAGACGUCAAGGAUUACUUGUGGAGCACACUCAAGAGUGGAAGAGUAAUUCCUGGCUUUGGACACGCAGUGCUGCGCAAGCCUGACCCUAGAUUCGAUGCUCUGCUGGCAUUCGGUGACGCGCACGAAGACAUCAAGAACAACAGCCUGUUCCAGCUGGUCAAGACAAAUUCGCAGAUCGCCCCUGGCGUGUUGACUGAACACGGAAAGGUAUGUUGUAUCCAUCUCUUUUCAGACGAGUUCGUCGCUGACAGCAUGGCANNGACCAAGAACCCAUACCCCAACGUCGACUCUGGGUCAGGAGUACUCUUCCACCACUACGGGUUCCAGGAGACACUGUACUACACAGCCAUCUUCGGAGUCAGCAGAGGUCUUGGACCGCUUGCACAGCUCAUCUGGGACCGCGCGCUGGGUCUUCCAAUCGAGAGACCGAAGAGUAUCGAUCUGAAGGGGCUGCUAAAGGCAGCAGAGGCAUGA